GAAGUUUUGUCCUGUGCAUUAGAAAUCAUUUUCUGAAAAUCCUAUAUCGCUUUAUAUCAUUUUUCGAAAUUACAAUAUCAUAUGAUAAAAUGAUUUAUUUCUUAUUUCAUUGUGCUUGAAUUUAAACAGGAUUAAGACAUAAUGUCUGACGUAUUUAUUUCCGCUGCAAUCGACUUUGGCACAACCUUCUCAUCAUGGGCGUUUUCAUUUAAACAUACGUUUAAACAAGAACCAACAAGAGUUACAGCAAGGAGAUGGAAAAGUCCCGGGAAUUCCAUUUCUCAAAAAGCACCAACAUCUCUUUUGAUUAUGCCUGAUGGAGAAACAAUUGAUUCAUUCGGCUAUGAAGCUGAGAGGAAGUACGCCACAUUAUCAGAGGAAGAUACACAUACAGAAUGGUAUUUCUUCCAACGGUUCAAAAUGCAGUUAUACUCUAAGACAAUAGACAGACGCCUCAAACUAAAGGAUGUCUCCGGAAAGCAACUACUAGCUAAAACUGUCUUUGCUCUCUCAAUAAAGUUCCUCAAAGAUGAUUUGAUUUCAACUGUCAACAAAGGCCUUAUAAAGAAAGAAAGCACUUGUGAAGUGAAAGAGAAAGACGAGGCUAAUAGUGUUGAGGAGGGUGCACAGGCAGAAAGAUCGUCUGCUGUAGAAGGACAUGAUAUUCGAUGGGUGCUUACUGUUCCAGCUAUCUGGGAUGAUGCUGCAAAACAGUUUAUGAGGGAAGCUGCAGAGGAAGCUGGAAUCCCAAAAGACAACCUAUAUAUUGGACUAGAACCAGAAGCUGCUUCAAUUUUUUGCCGCUUCCUCCCUGUUAUGGACCGCAAAGGCUCAAUGUCAGAUCUUCAACCAGGAUCAAAAUACAUGAUUCUAGAUGCCGGAGGUGGCACUGUUGAUAUAACAGUCCACGAGGUUGGUGAUGAAGGAAAGCUAAAAGAAAAACAUAAGGCUUCUGGAGGAAACUGGGGUGGUACCAAAGUUGACCAAGAAUACCACACGUUCUUACAAAAAAUAUUUGGAAAAGCUAUUCUUAAAAAGAUGGAACGCUGUCACAUGGAAGACUGCUUGCAAAUGAAAUGUGAUUUUGAAGUGAAAAAACGUCUGUCAGAAGCAGACCUUGGCCAGAAAGUCACUGUUCGAAUCCCUGCCUCAUUUCAAGAGCUAUUACAAAACGAGUCUGGUUUGACACUGAAGCAAUCGAUAGAGCGUUCUUGCUACAAGAAAAAUAUAGUUGUAUCGGGCGACAAGAUGAGAAUAGACUUUGAACUUUUCCGGGGAUUUUUCGACAUAUCCGUGAAAGAAACUACGAAGCAUGUCUCCACAAUUUUGAAACACCCAGACGUGUCGGACUGUAAAACAAUUCUAAUGGUUGGAGGCUUUUCCGAUUCUAUCAUACUGCAGGACGAAAUGUUAAAAGCAUUUCCUGACAUAAGCAUCGUUAUCCCACCUGAACCUGAACUGAGCAUUAUCAAAGGAGCCGUCAUCUUUGGUCAUGAUCCUUCAGUUAUUGCAGAGCGUAAACUGAAGUUUACAUAUGGAACAGUUGUCAUCCACAAGAAAGGAGGGAGUGAAUGUAAUCAUCGACGUGGAAAAAGGAAAAAUAUAAUGGGAGUUCUAUGCUGUAUCGACAUAUUUGACGUUCAUGUUCGCAUUGGUCAAAUUGUACGAUUAGGUGAAGAGCAAGCCGAGCGUGAAUACAUGCCAAUACACCCAUUAGCGGAUGAAACAAAUGUUCAAAUCUUCUCGUCAACCAAAGAAAAUCCAACAUUCGUUACAGACGAGAGCUGUAAACGCAUCGGAACGUUGAAAGUAUCUCUCACCCCGGAUCUACUUGGGGCUUUGAUUGGCUUUAGAACCGGAGGUAGUUUCACCGUGUCGUUCAUAUUUGGCGGAACAGAGAUAAAAGUUAAAGCCAAAGAUACAGCAUCUGGAAAAGAAGCAGACGUCAUUUUAGAUUGCCUGGAUGAUAUGUAGUUGUCUAUUUAGUUGACCAACUUGGCAACAAAUAUGUCGCAGUUAAGAGCGGAUAAAUAUUAUUUUGUUAGUUUGUAAACGCGUUAAUAUAAAGAUAGAUAUGAAACAACAGUAACCAUACAAUUGUUUUGUAAAAAAGUAUAUGGUAAAUAAGUAUAUUAAAUGAUUUAAAAAAUGCAGAUGAAAAAUGGAUCACCGUGUUUGCAUGUCAUGACAUUUCAAAAAAUUUUUUGUAAGCGCUUCAGAUCGUUCGUAUAUGUCUGUGAAUAUUGCGGCAAUAUACAGUAUCUACUGAAGUAGAAAUUACUUUCAUGUAUGAUUUUUAUUCCAGAUUAUUUACGAAUUAAUACGUAUCAUUGUUUUAUUUUGAUUUGCUUUAAAGACCAUUGUUUUGCAAAUAACUCUAAUAAUAUAAAAGUAUAAUUUCAAAUGUAAUCUAGUUUGUAUAAAUAGAUACGAAUUAUUUUAAGCAGUGACGUUUUGAAAAUUAUAUAUGUACUUGUGAUUUUAUUUUGUUUGAUAAUGACUAUGUUGACAGACGUUGCAAGUUUACUUCGAUCCUACACAUUUGUAAUUAAUUCGUUAUAAAAUGUAGAAAAUGAAACAUUAUGGAAUCGAGAACUAUCCCGUACACAUUCAGAUUUUCCGACUCUGUAAAAUAAUAUUAGGACUUUAGUUCAUCAAGGUUUAUUCCUGCUUGAAAUAUAUCAAAAUAAAAACACUGGUUGUUUUCAAUAUAACAUUAUGUGAGUCAGUGGGUACGUAGAACAAUAAACAUCAGUGACAUGUUACAGAAUAGCAACAAGCAACACAGCUUCACAAAAUCUUUGUUGAACGAGUCGUAAACUGUGACGUAGGAAGAUAGGAUUAUGCCAUUUAAUAUUAUUCGUGUAGAUGUAUUGUGUAUUUGUUUGUAUUUUCUCAGUAAUGUGAAUGUACAACAUUUGAUAGUAGAUAAUUACAAACGGAUAAAUAAUGAUUGAUUCCAAUAUAUAUUUGUAUUAAUUAUCAAUGAGUAUGUGAACGGAACUUGUUUUUUUGCCCAAUUACUCCAAUGUCCUGCUUGUUUAUGGUAUCAUAGUCAAGGUUGAUUUCCGUUUCCAUUUAACUUUAAUUUGAAUUUGUAAAACAUUAAUGUGUUUUUAAUGAUUACCAUUCAAAACCUUUUAAUGAAGGUGCUCUUAUCCUGUUGUAAGGGCCCGUUUUAGCUUAUGUCUUGUUGGUAUAUUAAUACACUUUUUGUGAUUUAAUCUCCUUUUGGGUCCUUUCAGCUUUGUACAUGGAAGAAGAAGGUCGUUUGCAAAUAGAUGCGAGGGUUGAUUUUGCUUCUUAUCGAAGGAAUCCUCGAUUGUUUUUUAUUUUCCGAAAAUUAUCGAAAGUUGUGGCAUAGUGAAUCUAAACCAGCAUACAGUGAUUUUUAAGGACAUUUUAUCUUUAUGCCAGAGUGCAUUAAAGAAUUAAAGCAAAUAUCAAAAGACAAUAGGUAAAGGUAGAUUUCACGGAAGCACAGGGUACCAAAAACAGAGCCACGCAUUUACAUAGUAGGCCCACAACAAUUAAAGCUGUAAUGGAAAAAUAGACGGGUUGCUUCAAACAUCCAACAAGUACAUAUUAAUAUUAAGCUAAAUAUUGAUAAAGGGGAAGGAAAUUGUAAGGGGCGAAAUGGGGUCGGGGAUGGGUAGAAAUCCGAAGGGAAGGGGAAAGUUGAACAAGGAAAAAUAUACAAGAGAAUGCCAUGUUCUUUAAAAACAGUCGCACUACAACGUAAUCCACAAUAGCGCAGACAUUUAUGUACCGAAGACAAACACACAACGACGAUCAAACUGAAUAACAUAAAAAAAAAACGAGCAAGCAACACAUAAGAAAACAGUAGGGCAUUGUUAUAGACUCACGAGUUUACAAUCGCACCCACUCAAGUAGGAAAAAACAAUCAACUACCGUCUUGGGACUCGGCUGCCAAAAUAAAGAGGAGCCACGAAAACUUACUAAAACUAAAGGGGAUGGGAUGCAAAAUGUAGCAUAAAUGCAAGAGAUAGGAGAGGGCAAAAGGGGGAGUGAGACGGAGGAAAAACGCUUACAACAAACAAGAAAACAUACGCAACACACAAUACAAGACAAACAAAACAACCUGUUGAAAAUAGGGGCACCGCCUUGGAACGGUCAGUAAUCUAAAUAAAGGAAACUUGGGGUUUAAACGCGUUUAGGGCAGGCCAACCUCGCGCUUACCCUAUCUUCAACAAGCAUAGUAGAAGUUCGCAUGCAACUUUGUCGAAUGGGGGUCUUUUCCCAACAUCAAAGCUUGAAAGUCGCCAUUUGACCUAUAAUUGUGUCGAUGCGACGUUGAACCCAGCAAAAAAGUAGUAAAAUAAUUUCUUUAGUACAGUUUAAGGCACUGUUUGUUUCAGAAAUUUUGACACUAACGAAGAAACGAAUAAAAGAUACGUCGUAACUAUUCUUGGUAUUUAAAGAUAUCUUAAAAAUAUAUUCUAUUUUGAAACAAAACACAAUCACAUACAGCUUACUUAUGAAAAAUUCUACGGUUUUGUAAAACUUUUAUUCUUUUAUAAUAAAUUUCAUUUUCCAAAGAAUUUAAAAAAUGCACUCCUAGAGGUUUCCCAAGAAUAUCCUGCUAGAUUUGUUCGCGUAUCGGCCACAUCAAUGAUUCUGUAAUACAAUUGAAUCUGUACUUAUUUAGUUCUAAAUACUAUAAGCUUAUCUUUCAUAGUUAAUAUACAAAAUACAAACACACAAAUAAAUGAAUUUUUCACCUACUUAGGUAACAUGUGUGCUUGUUAGUUGGUAAACAAAAAUUGUCACCUGCUUUAGAUUAUGUUUUUAAAAUCAAUUCAAAGUGAUAUACGCAUAAGGUUUUACACUUACUGUCCGGUUUUCAGAGGAUUUUUGAUGAACAAAAGUCCUUUGUGGUCAUGAGAAAACGUCCGGUUUUUCAGAAUUCAGAGUUUCUAGUAUUUCAGAGUGCUUUUUUAAUUGAAGUUAUAAGAAAAAAACUUGGGACUUUGAAAAUCGUCCGUUUUUGGAAGGUUUUUGGAGGGUCCGGUUUUCGGAGUUUCUACUGUAAUACUUUGUCAAAUUGAUAGAAAUUUUACAUCACACUUUGAUAUCCCAUGAAUAAAAGAAUGCAAACACGAACAUUUUCGUAAACUUCGUAAAUCAAAUUUCUAUCGAAAACCGUCAAAGUUUAUUGAUGUUACACAACGCAGACAAUAUGUCACAUCAUGUUCAAUUACUUAUUAGCUAACAAUCAACGUAAAGAGGAAUUAUUUUGCAUACGGCCAACGAUAAAAAGAUCAAAUUUGACAGGCAGUUUGGAUUGUUUUCUCCUGCUGAUUAAAUCGCACACGCAAUGUCACAAUCACCCAGUGAUUCAACAAGUUCAUUCAGAAAUAAAUCUGGCAAAUAAGAGUAAAAUGAAUUAAUAUAUAAAAAGACAAUUUCUUUAGAAAAAAAUUAAACUACUCUCGGGUAAUGACACAAUCCUCACUUAACAGUAUUUAAUACAGGAAGUAAACCUACUGCAAUAGAGGGCGAACGACGUGGCUUUUUAUCGGCAAGUAAGUAACAUCUUAACAUAAAAUCCGAAAAUUGUAAAAGAAUAACUACUAGGUUGAAUACAUAUAUGUGAACACAUGGCAUGAAAAACAAAGCGCUUUUUAAAAUCAAAUUUCUUCAGUUAUGUGUUAAAUAUUAAGAUACGAAAUGUAUUUAGGCUAUAAACAUAUUUUAAUGUCCGUGUAUAACACGAAUUCUGAUUCUGAAUAUCGUGAAAGUACGUUAUUUAAUCUUAUGGCAGUACUGCACUCUACAUUAUGCCAAAACAGCAAUCUAAAUUAUGACUAACAGCACUAUUGAUCAUAAAAAUACAGCUACAUGUAUUUUAUUUAUGACAAUACCCAAAUGUACAUAAUCGUAGUAAUCACUUUGUGACAAUACACAACUCUAUGCAAGCACCAUGCGACACUUUAUAUUAUGACAAUACAGCAACCUCCAUUAUGAAUACAGAACACCACUUUACAACAGUACAUCGCUAUACAUUAUGACAAUCUGGCACACUAAAGUAUAAUCAGCGUUUUACGUUAGGACAAUGCACCACCAUAUUAAUAAGUAUUGAAACAAAGUUGAAUUUAAACGUACAUCAGCAACAUGAAGCCAGUAUCGUAGGUCAUGUGAUCUGGUGUGACGCACUUUAAUAAAACAUCCCAAUUUCAGACUCCCACACACCCAAAUAGAAACAUUAUAUAUUUAACCAAACAAAAUCUGGUAAAAAUAUAGAUUAAUAACAAUGACUAUACAUUAAUGUUCUUUUUUUAGACAGGGAAUUACGUCACCGUAAUUUGACAUUUUGACAUGCCUACGCUUUGAUGAAUAUGCUGAAUAUUCAAUGACGCUGAACAAUCUGUUCUUUUCUUGUUUUCAACAAAUUAGUUUAGUCGAACAUAUUUUAAACCUAAUAUUCUCUAUUUUUAGCUCACCUGUCACUACGUGACAGGGUGAGAUUUUGUGGCCGCCCUUCGUUUGUUCGUCCACAAUUUCUUGUGAACAGGAUGGAGACCACAUUUUGAAAGCAGUUUUAGUCAAACUUGUACACAACUUGUACUGGCAUGAUAUCUCGGUACCUUUCAAAAACUGGUCAGAUCCCAUUAGGGGUUCUAGAGUUAUUUCCCCUUAAUCGACCAGAAUUUGCCUUUUUUGUGCAUCAACAAUUUCUUGUCUGCGCGAUAGUGGUUUCAUUUAUGAUUUUAUUUUAACCAAACUUGCAUACAACUUGUAUCACUAUAAGAUCUUGUUUCCUUUCUUCAAAUUGCCAGGUCCCAUCAUGGGUUCCAGAGUUAUGGCCCCUUAAAAGGCCAAAUUUAGCUAUUUUGACCUUGUCUGCACAAAAGCAGCUUUAUUUAUAUUUUGAAUUUAAUCAAACUUGCACAAAACUUGUAUCACUAUAAGAUGUCGGUUCCUUUCUUGAACCGGCCAGAUCCCAUGAUGGGUUAUGAUCUUCUUUACCUUCUUGUCCUUAAGUGCAAUGAUAACAGGUGAGCGAUAUAGGGCCAUUAUGGCCCUCUUGUUAUUUCCUGUUGUUGAAGAGCUACAUUAACAAUCAAAGGUAACGUUUGUUAAAAUUGGUAAAUGGUUGUAUUAUUUUUGUCUUUCGUUACACAUUGUUAAAUAUAUGCUGUUUUAGCAGAACACACACUAUUGUUUAUGCCAUAAACAUGAAUGUUCGUAUUUACAUUGUGUAGUUAUGAUUCAUAUUUUCAAAUAGAAAUUUUAGCAUAAUAUAAUAUUUUGUUGUUGUUCAAAGGAUAUAUUAUUAUUUGACAAUGUUGUUAUAAUGUAGACUUUAGAUAAAUGCAGACUAAGCAAUUUGGUCAUGAUACAUUUAAUUCAGUUCAAAUAAUGUCAUUAUUUGUAAACUUACUUAAUACAAAUUCAUCUGCUUGUAAUAAGACAAAUGCAUGCCAGAAUCAUACUUACUUGCUUUGUUCUAUUCAUUGCUCCCAAAGGAUCUUCUUACAGAUCAACUAUCACACUAGUAAUCUUUAAGUGCCGUGUGGCAGCUGUUAAACAUCUCCCCGUACUUGGAUUCAGUGUUGUUUUAUUUUUGUGACACCAUGGAAUCAUGGAGUACAUUCAAGACCCGAGUUAUAGCGUUCCGAUUAAGCCUGUGCUAAGGGGAGUGAGAGGUGUUUUACUUUUCAUUUCCUCUCUGCUAAUAUUCUGCUUAGUUGCAUUCUAUACUUCCAAAAGGAUCUUCUGACAAAGAUUUUGUUAUAAAUUCAAAUAUGCAUCUACUUAAGACUAAUAGAUUUUAUCAUGUCUUUUAGAGCCAUGUGGUGACAGUAUAGGGUCUUCCCUUAUUUGGACCCAGUGUUGUUAUAUAAUCAGUUGAUAUUUUUGAAUUUAUCAUACUUUAUCCUUUGUAAGUAAGCAACGUUAUUGUUUCACAGAUUUACUCUUGGGUUGUCAUUAAUUCAUAAAAGUUUAGUUUUGUUCCAAAUUUGCCAAGUUCACGAUUCAUUCUACCAUAACCAGAUAAACAUCGUUACACAACAAUCUUUGGUUUAUCACUCGUAAAGAACUACUUAAGGUACUCGUUAUCAAUACAUGUAACAUGUGAUAGGUGCUACGUUGAUGCAUCUUGUAAAAUGGAUAGUUAUAUAUCAGUCGUAGAGAAACCCAUGAUAACCAAAUUACAUGUAUCUAUUAGAAAGAUAGAUAAUAUUACUGUUCGAUCCUACAAAAAUGUAACAUUUGAUUUUCGUGAAUUGCAGUUGUGUUAUACACCAUUUAGAUAUACUUCAUUAUAAAAUUGUUCUAAAAUUCUUAGAUUUUAAAGUUUCAGUAUAAUAUAUGUAUUAUAGCUAUUUCUUGUUUUUAUAAACAUCAGACAAAAUUACAAUUCGGAGAGCGUAUUUUUCCUCGAAAAUUUACAUGGAAUACUGAUUUAUUCCUGAAUUAGAUAUCUCUAAAACAACAGAGAAGAAAG